AACGCUGCUCCGAAGCGCUUCACUGGAAAGUCAACAUUCGGCUGUGAAACCAUUUUUAUUUUGACGUUUUACAAACUCUUUUAUUUAUUUCUUCAAUUUUUUUUCCAAACAAAAUUUACAAAAUAAACUAAAUGGAAUCUCCAAAUAGCUCUAAGGAAUUUGAAAUAACCGGUGUUUCGAGGAGCGGACGUGUCCGAAAGAAGUCCUCCAAACUCCUUGAUUUCCGGUCACCAGAUGAGAUCGAACCUAAGUCAAAGAAAGGCGGUGCAAAAUCUGCAAAAAAUCAAUUAAAAACAUCACUUGACAUGGCACCGAAGUCAGAUUAUGAAGCAGCCGAAUCUGAUGAAGAUUUCGACACUGAUGCCAUAGACGCCAAUUUAGAUGAUAAUUCGGAUUCUGCUGAAUAUAUGGAAGGUGAAGGUGAGGAAGAUGAAGACUCAGAUGAACAAUCUGAAGAUCCAGUGGUGCAUCAGAGUUUGUAUAUGAGUGAAAAAUCCAACAAGAAAAGGAUAUUGAAGGAUGGGAAGGUUGUAAUGGAAAAAGCUCAAAGAAAGGACAAGGGAAAAUCAAGAUUUACUGCUUACAUGCUUUGGGCUCGAGAUUCCAGAAAAAAUGUAUUGAAUAAUAAAAACAAUAGUUUGGACUUUGCGAACACCUCUCGCAAACUGGGAGAGAUGUGGGCAAAUGUGCCGGCUAAUGAAAAGAGCAUGUGGAGGCGACGGGCAAAGCGACUCGGAAAAAAGACAAAACAAGGUGACGACGCCCAGGGUCAAACAAAAUCAACUUUCAUAAACAGAGCCACAACAAGUCGGACAAAGAAGAUUGCUCAGCAAACAACAACUAGUUUGCCUGCUAAAUUAAGCUCGCCAACUCAGUCCACACAAAGUUCAAUAUUUUCUUCAACAGUAACCAAUACUCCGACACAGCCGGGAGCCUUCAAAGUAACUGGCAUUGAACCAAUCGAUGUAGCAGCGCACUUGAAGCUCUUGGGAGAUAGUUUGUCAAUAAUUGGGGAGCGUUUGAAGGAACACGAAGGACAAAUAACUGUUUCAGGGAGUCUAUCUGUGUUGUUGGAUAGUCUUUUGUGCUCUGUUGCACCGCUUGUUUGUUUAACCACCCAAAUUCCGGGUAUGGAGAAUCGAAAAGGUCUGAAUGACACUUUACAUGCGACUAUGGAUAACAUUGCAUAUAUAAUGCCAGGAUUAUAGAUAUUUAUGUUUUAAGCAAUAAAUUAGAUAACUGUGAAAA